CGGAAGUGGGUUCUUUGCCCCCCGUCCUGGGGCGGGAUCGGGUCUCUGCGGUUUUGGUUUGGCUUGCCCUACGGUCGGGCUUUCUCGCUAGACCCUAGGGCUUGGCCCUGCGGGGUUCGCUCUCCCAGGUAUCCGGCUUUCCCCAGUACCGACCUUUAGGAAACCGGCGCACUCUUCGGUUUCCUAGCAACUGGGGACCGAGCCUGACGGAGCGAGGCGCAGAUCAAGUUGUUCUGGCGCAAGCUUGAAACCCUGGGACCGGCCCAAACCGGAGCAGAAACCCGGAGCUUGGAAGAAUAAGCAGGAAAUGGCGGACGAGGCAUUGUUUUUGCUUCUGCACAACGAGAUGGUGUCAGGAGUGUACAAGUCCGCGGAGCAGGGCGAGGUGGAAAAUGGACGUUGUAUUACUAAACUGGAAAACAUGGGGUUUCGAGUAGGACAAGGAUUGAUAGAAAGGUUUACAAAAGAUACUGCAAGGUUCAAGGAUGAGUUAGGCAUCAUGAAGUUCAUUUGUAAAGAUUUUUGGACUACAGUAUUCAAGAAACAAAUCGACAAUCUAAGGACAAAUCAUCAGGGCAUCUAUGUACUUCAGGACAACAAAUUUCGUCUGCUUACUCAGAUGUCUGCAGGAAAACAGUACUUAGAGCAUGCAUCUAAGUAUCUAGCAUUUACCUGUGGCUUAAUCAGAGGUGGCUUAUCAAACUUGGGGAUAAAAAGUAUUGUAACAGCUGAAGUGUCUUCAAUGCCUGCCUGCAAAUUUCAGGUGAUGAUACAGAAGCUAUAGAACAUACUGAAAUGCAAAGCUUCCACAGUGUAAAGAGAUAAAUUAUUCAUGUAUAAAGUAUUUCAAAUAAUAUGAUUUAAAUACAUUGUUGGAUGUUUGUAUAGGAGGGUCUGUUUCAUCUGUUUAACAUAGACUAAGACAAGGGGUCAUUCUGUUAGGAUAUAAACUUCUUAUUGAAACUAUUCAAAAUGAAAACCUAAUUUCAAAUAACUGGACACCGUAUAGGACUCUUUAAACAUUUUUGUUUAGAGAUAUGUAUUUAACCACAGGUGGAGAAGCAAAAGCAAGGAUUUGUUAAAUUAGCAUGAAGAAAAGUGUGCACCAGUCAGAAUAUUUGUGUAAGAAUGACAAAACUUUGAUAAUGUAUGGAUUUGUUUUUUUAUUAUUUCUAUACAGCAAACAGUAUAGUAAAUUAAGCUUAAUUUUUAUUUUAUUGCUUAUAACUUAUUUUUAUUGAGAAUUUUUAUGCAUGAUUUCAUGUAUACAUUGUGUGUGUGUAUAUAUUUACUUAAAUACAUAUGACUAUCUAAAUGGCUUGAAAGCUUAAUUUCACUAGAUUUUAGUCCUUCAUAGCUCCAUUAAUGUAGUCAAAGUGAAAUAUAGAUUAGUUUAAAUGAAUUUGGUGACUCCAAAGCCAAGGAAUAUUAGGCAUGUUGUGGGAAAUUUUAUACUUAUUCUUGGUAAAAUCUGCCUUUCAACUUUUUUCACCAUGCACCCGAUUGCUGUUUAAAGUUCUAACAUCUUUAUCCCCUUAUUUACUUUGCUGAAAGGGCAGAGGAGUAAAUAAUUAAUUAUACCAACAUUCAUUGAUCACAUCUUCUCUGUGAGUUGGGGUCAUUUCUUAUCUAGCAUCUCUUAGCACCUCUUCCGAUUACUUCAUCUUUCUUAGAUUAUCUGGCUUAAGCAGAUACCUCUUAAGCUUUUGUUAGAACUCUAAAUGUUGGGGUAUCUGCACUUUGAUUUUUAAAACUGUACUUUGUUUCCCAUUUCAUUAUUAUUACUCUUGUGCAUGUAUCUGAUAGGGAACUCUGCCUGAGAGUCAGUGACUUGCCAAAUAAAAUGUUUCACUGUGUGAAACUGGCAAGUUAAA